AAGAAGCCGAAACCCGAGACCCGAGACCCGACAAAAGCUUCGAACUUUUUUCGAUCCCUUCUCUGAUGGACGUUUGGGGGCGAUUCUUGGAUCCCGCCACCGCCGCCGGCCCGUCCUCCCCUCCCUUCUCCGGCUCGUCCCAGCGGCGUGCCCACUCCGACGAGGAUAUCGCGCUCGCCUCCAGCAACCCGAAGAAGCGGGCCGGGCGGGUCGUGUUCAAGGAGACCCGCCACCCCGUGUACCGGGGGGUCCGGCGCAGGAACAACGGCAAGUGGGUGUGCGAGCUCCGGGAGCCCAACAAGAAGACCCGGAUAUGGCUCGGGACGUACCCGACCCCCGAGAUGGCCGCCCGGGCCCACGACGUGGCUGCGCUGGCGCUCCGCGGGCGGGGCGCGUGCCUCAAUUUCGCCGACUCGGCAUGGCGGCUCCGCGUGCCGGGGUCCACGGACGCAGCAGAGAUACAGGCAGCGGCGGCAGAGGCGGCGAGGGCGUUUGGCAAUGGGGAAGCAGGGGAGGAAGUGGAGGAGGCCGAGGGGGCAGGCGGUGGCGGCGAAGAGAUCAGUGCGAAGGAUUACGAGGACGGCGACGUGGUCAUGAACAGUUUGAGCUCGCCGGAGAACCCAUUUUGUAUGGACGAAGAGGCGGUGGUUGGCUCGGAUUUGGACUCUUCGGAACGGUGGAUGGAAGGGCCGCUGCUGUCUCCGCCGGCGGCGGAGAGGUUUCACAUGAACUGGGAAGAGGUGGAGAACGAUCAUACGGAUGUGUGUUUGUGGAGCUACUCCUUAUAAGCGAGAGACGAGAAAAUAGUCGAGAUAGUGUGGUUUUCCUUGAAUUUUUGUAUUUAAUCAAUUUCGGGGAUUUGUAUAUUUCAAUUAUUUUGCAGCAAAUUGACAGAUUUGUCGUAGCAAAGAUAGGUAGGGACCAGUUCGUGACAAAACCAGACAUUCUAUAUGUCUGGGUACUAUAGAAAUUGGCAGACGUGGCAAGUAUUUUUUGUUGUCGUGCCAUUAGAAUUGUGUUAAGUGAAAUUAAAGUUUAUGAAUAUUUACAUUGUGAAAAAAA